CUGAAACAUGCUGCACCAUAUAUAUUUCAGAAGUCUCUUCUACUUGAGGUUAUUCAUUGUAUUUUUUUUUUCUUUCUUCAAUUCUUUCUUACAAAAAAUGACUUCAUUCUUGAACCUCCCUGAUGAGCUCAUGGGCGAAAUCAAUCGCUAUUUAUCUUCUUCCGAUAGAUGUCAACUUCGUCUGGUCAACAAAAGUUUGAACGAAAUAUUCAAACAAUUUUUAUUUACCUCUAUCUCCUUACGCAUGCAUGUUCAAGCCAGCGAACUCUUUCGCGCCAUGUCCAUGGAGCCUGAAUUAUUUCGAAAAACCAAUAACCUCAAUAUUCAGUACCUACCCCAAGGACAGCUUUCUCUUACGAAAGCUUUACGGUAUUGUCCAAACCUUACCAUGUUGAAGAUCUGUAAUUCGCAUUGGAUCUCCCAUCAUUGUGAUGGUUAUCCAAUGUUACCACAACUGUCCCAGCUGGAAAUCAAUUGUAGCCGUACCCAAUUGAUAGAAAACUUGGGUCCUUUUUUUUCAAAAUGUCCCAACUUGAAGUCCCUUAAACUUUGGAAAUUGUCCCGCUACGUCCCUCCACUUGAAGCAGAAUCAUUGCAUAACAUGUUUCCUCGGCUUCAAGAACUCUGCCUCGACUAUAUUCGCUCGGGGCCCAAUCUUUUCCAGUUGAUGCAGCCAAUACCAAUACCUGAUGAACCUUGUGCUUUUAUGAAGAAGAUCACGUUUACUGUUGAUCCUUACCACAAUUCCAUGGUGUGGUUGACAUAUAUUGCACAAAAAUAUCCAAAUAUUGAAAUUUUAGAUGUCACUGAGGAUGAAAAUGAUGGCUUUGCUGCAAUUACUCGAGUGGAGGACAUACAAUCCGCGGUGCAUCAGUUAUUCAACAGUUGCAGUAAUUUGUCAUCGCUACGCUUGGUCAACGUUUGGUGGACCGAUAUUUUUUUGGAUUAUUACAUGGAUCCCGCACGGCAUCUUUCGAGCUCUAUUAAAGAAGUGGAGAUCGUCGAUACACGUGGUGGCGUAUCACCAUACCUAUUUACCCAUCUGUGCUGCUCGGUUAUGACAUUUAUCAAAGUAUUGGAUGUUACUUUAAGCCCACAAAUCAUCGACCAUCCCAAGUUAUUUUCUUAUGAUCUCAGUUCUGGCAUUAUGCUGACAGAUUUGAAAAUCUCUAUCGGACAAGAUGGUCGUUCUUCGUCAAACAUACUCAGCAUUCAUUGGAUUCUCGAAUCCUGUCCUUCACUGGUAUCACUUACUUUGGAUUCAAGUUUCCUUGGUGUUGUCGACAGCACUUCCAAUGGAUGGGCGUCUCGCACUAAACAUGAUCACCUGAAACGUCUUAUCAUUACAAAUUGUAUCUUCAAAGAUGAAAUUUGGUCAUAUAUCGAAAAGAAGUGUCCCAAAUUGGAUUGGCUCUCCCUUGAAAAAAGUAUCUUGCAAGAUGAUUCACCCUAUCCAUCCAUCCAGCUUGAUUUCCCGAAUCAUGUCUUCAAAUCAAUCAUUAUCAAUCAAGUUCGUUGUCCUCGAAUGGUAACCAGUGUGCGCCCUUGGCCCUUCUUUGGAUCUCCUAUCUACUUCAAGCCAAUGUGGGAUGAAGGAUGGAUACCAAUUGAAUUCAUGACUAUACAACGACGACAGCAUCCUACUCUGUCUACUGACAAUAGUGGCUCUGCCCAAAGGAACAUAGUACGACUAACAUUUCAAGCUCUGAACAUGGAUUUCAUUGACCAACGACGUUACUAUCGCAGCUAUGGUGAAAUGUCAACAAGUGACUUGUUCCGGCAUUUGGAACGCCUUCUGGAGAUCAAGUGUCUGACUGACCAAGAGGUCUGGUAUCAUAUACGUGAAUGCAAAAUACCGAUUCCAAGCCCGUCAUCCAACAACUAUUCAUCCUCAUCAUCGUCAUCGUCAUCGUUGAUUAGGAAACGAAAGGAACGACUGAGACACGCCCCAGAAACCGACAGAGGAGGGUAUGUCAUGAUCAACGUUGAUGCAGUGGACGAUAUUGUCAUCAACCAAAAAUGGAUAGUUAUGCAAGGGGAACAGAAAGUUUGGAAAUGAAUGGCAAUAUAUUUAUAUUUUCGUAUAUAGUACCAGUUAUAUUGCUUAUAUUUUAGUUUAGUUAUCAAAAUCAAACGAAUAAAAAAAAAGUUGAAUAUUUUUU